AGCUGCUCACGUGGGGGACGGCGCCAGCGGGAGUGACCGCCCCUGCGGAUGCAGUCCGGGCAUCGACCAUGCCGCUGCUCCCGGCCGUCGGGGCCGGGACCUGGCCCUGCUGCGGCCUACCCCUCACGCGUCCUUUCUCCCAAGCGACGCGGCGUGGGGGGCGACCCGGCGGGGAGGAGCUCGGCCGCCUGCCCCUGGAUGACCUGGCGUCGGUGCCGCGGCCUGCCGGGGGCCCAGAGCUCCUGUUUGGCCUGUCCCCGUGCCUCUUGGCGCUGCAGGCCGCCCGCCGCCGCGUCGCCCGGCUCCUGCUCCAGGCCUGCAGGUCGGGGCUGCAGGGGCAGCGGGCCGAGCUGCUGCGCGCGGCCGAGGCGCGGGCUAUCCCGGUGCUGCGGCCCAGGCGGCGGGAGCUGGACGCCCUGUGCCGUCACCAGGUUCACCAGGGCGUCUGCAUGGAAGUGAGCCCCCUGAGACCCCGGCCCUGGGCCGAGGCCGAGGCGGCCCGGCCAGGAGACGACCCCCAGCAGCUGUGGCUCGUCCUCGAGGGGCUGCAGGAUCCCCGGAAUCUUGGGGCCGUGCUGCGCUCCGCUCACUUCCUCGGAGUGGAUAAGGUCAUCACCAGCCGGAGAAACAGCUGCCCGCUCACUCCAGUAGUCAGCAAGGCCAGCGCCGGGGCUAUGGAGGUGAUGGACGUGUUCUCCACUGAUGACCUGGCCGGUUUUUUACAGGCCAGAGCCCGGCAGGGCUGGCUCGUGGCUGGCACAGUGGGCUGCCCAGGCCCUGAGAUCGCCCCAUCCUCCAAGAUCCCCAUCACUCGCUGCUUGGAUUUCCUCUGGGACCGGCCUACCCUCCUCGUGCUGGGAAACGAGGGCUCUGGUCUGUCCCGGGCAGUGCAGGCCUCCUGCCAGCUUCUCCUCACCAUCCUGCCUGGCCGGCAGCUGCCUCCUGGACUCGAGUCCUUAAACGUCUCCGUGGCCGCAGGAAUCCUUCUUCACUCCAUUUGCAGCCAGAGGAAGUUCCCAGUGGAAGGGAGGAGAGAGCAACUUCUCCACGACCCCCAGGAUCCCUCGGCCUCAUCUGAAGCAGCCAGAGCGGCUCAGCACCCAGGAUUGUCCUCAGGAUCAGAAAAGAAGAGCCAAGAUGGGGGCUAACCGGGACUGUCCACGGUGUCUGUGUGCUGGGGGCGCACGCACCCACACCCUCGAAUGUGCUGGAGUCUUGUCUUUUUGAGUGGGCAUCAGCCCUCUGUUUAUAAACCGCUGUCCUGGGAAGCCAGGAGCUUUGCAGUAGAGGCCAUAGGAAGU